AUGACCGUCCUCAAGGAACCGAUCAACAUCCACGUUCGCCCGGCGUCGCAGCACCGCCACUCGAGCGCCGUGGCCGGCUCGCUGCCCAAGGCCCGUCCGCACUCGCACUCGCAGUCCGUCGGCAGCAUCCACCCGGCCCACCGCGUCACCCGCCGCAAGAGCAUGAGCACCACCGCCGCCAGCAACGUCGCCGCCAUGGCCGCCGCCGCCAAGGGCAUCUCGGGCGCCCCGCUCGACACGCCGCCGCACCACAACCCAGCCCGCCGCGCCCCGAAACCUGCGACGCAGUUCCGCGGGCCCAGCCUGGUGCACGCCCACUCCAUGGCCGCCAGCAUGCCGCACCACGCCUCGCCCACCCCGCCCGCCUCGCACGCCUCGCACGCCUCGCACGCCUCGCCCUUCGGCUACAGCGCCGCCAAGAGCGAAGCCGUUGCGGACGGGCCUGCGCUGGCCUCGCUACCGGAGAGCGAACAGGGCGCCGCCAACAAAGCACGCGUACGGCGCGCGAGCGAGGGCUCGCGCCUGGCCAAGGGCGACGGCAAGCGCACAAGUGGUAGCGAAUUGAGAUGUGAAAAAUGUGGGAAAGGAUACAAGCACAGCAGCUGCCUGACCAAGCACCUUUGGGAGCACACCCCCGAGUGGCAGUACACGUCCAAGCUGCUCAUCUCCAAGCACCAGCAGGUCCAGCUGCUCGAGGCCGCCUCGGUCCUCGUCGCCAUGAACAAGGAGAGCGACGACAGCGACAACUCGCACUCGCCCUCGCCCCCGGCCUCGGGCUCCUCUGACCUGCGCGACGGCCUGAGCUCCACCGAGACCACCCCGCCCCCGCACAUGGACGACCGCGCCGUCGGCUCCUACACCUCCAACUCGCACUCGCACUCGCACUCGCACUUUGGCCUGCGCUCCAUCAAGCGCUACUCGGCCAACAGCUCCGCCUACAGCCAGUCCUACCAGUCCGCCGUCUUCUCCGACACGGGCAACAGCCACUACCGCCACUGGAGCAACGUCUCCGACCGCCCCACCACCUCCGGCACCUCGGUCGCCGGCUCCUACCCGGACGACGCCAACACCGACCAGGACAUGGCCGCCGCCGUCGGCCUGCUGAGCUGCUCCUACGGCACCCCCAAGUCGGGCCCCAGCGCCCUGCCGCCAGACGUCCCGCCCGUCCCGCCCCUGCCCGCAAAGUUCUUGGGCUUCAACGACAUGCGCUCGCUCUCGGCCAACACCACCGUCACCCCGCAGCAGAGCAGCAUGCGCAACAGCUACCGCUACCACGAGACCAAGGACAUCGACAUGGACGACGACCACUUUGCCGACGAGGAGGAUUACCGCCAGUCCAACUCGCGCAGCCGCGGCCGCGCCGACGAGGACGACGACGCCUUCUUCGGGAGGAUGGAGGAGUAG